UUGGGGCAUGUCUUCCUCUUGUUAAACUUGGUGUCAGUUCUUGGGCAUGGAACAUCUAGCGACCAGCUACUGUUUCUCCUGGAAAAGGGGAUGGGAAUAAAAAACCCAACUCUAGGUGGCUACACAGUUGGGUUUUGGCUUUACCUUCCCCUAGUUUGUAAGCAAGAAGGGAGCCUUCAGUACUACUGAGGCGUUUAACUUCCACCUCCUAUUCCCAAAAUGUUCUACACCCAGAGAAAAAGAACAGCCUUAAGGCCAAGUUCUGCCUUUUACCCCUUUCUUCCUCUUCUUUCAUUGCUCCUUUGAGCAAGAGGGUUAAGUCUAUGGGUGUCAUCUCAGGGGGUUCAAAGAGAGCUUAGCCCAAGGACCUCUCUGAGGAAGACAGCAAGUGUCAGGUGCUUAACGAAUGUUUAUGGGAGGAAUGAGUGGAGGUCCUCUCUGAAAACAAUUUAGGAACAUUGAUAUUGUCCUUAAACAUUGUUUAAAUUACUAGGAACUUGUUAUAUUAAAUAGUAUUUUUGUUUAUUUUUAGACUUAAUGACUUUUCUUUUGAGUAAGUAAAUUUUCACACUCACAGUCAUCCCUUCCAUAUAUGUACAAACACCUCGGGAAUAAGGCAGUGUAGAACACUCAAAGGCACAUUUUCUUUUGCCGAAGCACCUGCGUGGAAUCUUACCCAAAUGUCCAUUUAAGAGGUUUUCUUUUGUUUAAUGAGGGAAAAUCUCCGAGGAGGUAUCCCCCCUACAGCAGAUGUCCUUUCUGCUGAAGUUCACAGGUCGAAUUUGGGGAGCACAAUGGCUGGAGGUCAGAUGCCCACUAGGAGAUGCUAUGAUUAAUAUAGAAAGCAUGGACACAGACAAAGAUGACCCUCAUGGAAGGUUAGAAUAUACAGAACACCAAGGAAGGAUAAAAAAUGCAAGGGAAGCUCACAGUCAGAUUGAAAAGCGGCGCCGGGAUAAAAUGAACAGUUUUAUAGAUGAGUUGGCUUCUUUGGUACCAACAUGCAAUGCAAUGUCCAGGAAAUUAGAUAAACUUACUGUGCUAAGGAUGGCUGUUCAGCACAUGAAAACAUUAAGAGGUGCCACCAAUCCAUAUACAGAAGCAAACUACAAACCAACUUUUCUAUCAGACGAUGAAUUGAAACACCUCAUUCUCAGGGCAGCAGAUGGAUUUUUGUUUGUCGUAGGAUGUGACCGAGGGAAGAUACUCUUUGUCUCAGAGUCUGUCUUCAAGAUCCUCAACUACAGCCAGAAUGAUCUGAUUGGUCAGAGUUUGUUUGACUACCUGCAUCCUAAAGAUAUCGCCAAAGUCAAGGAGCAGCUCUCCUCCUCCGACACUGCACCCCGGGAGCGGCUCAUAGAUGCAAAAACUGGACUUCCAGUUAAAACAGAUAUAACCCCUGGGCCAUCUCGAUUAUGUUCUGGAGCACGACGUUCUUUCUUCUGUAGGAUGAAGUGUAACAGGCCUUCAGUAAAGGUUGAAGACAAGGACUUCCCCUCUACCUGCUCAAAGAAAAAAGCAGAUCGAAAAAGCUUCUGCACAAUCCACAGCACAGGCUAUUUGAAAAGCUGGCCACCCACAAAGAUGGGGCUGGAUGAAGACAAUGAACCAGACAAUGAGGGGUGUAACCUCAGCUGCCUCGUUGCAAUUGGACGACUGCAUUCUCAUGUAGUUCCACAACCAGUGAAUGGGGAAAUCAGGGUGAAAUCUAUGGAAUAUGUUUCUCGGCACGCGAUAGAUGGAAAGUUUGUUUUUGUAGACCAGAGGGCAACAGCUAUUUUGGCAUAUUUACCACAAGAACUUCUAGGCACAUCGUGUUAUGAAUACUUUCACCAAGAUGACAUAGGACAUCUUGCAGAAUGUCAUAGGCAAGUUUUACAGACGAGAGAAAAAAUUACAACUAAUUGCUAUAAAUUUAAAAUCAAAGAUGGUUCUUUUAUCACACUACGGAGUCGAUGGUUCAGUUUCAUGAACCCUUGGACCAAGGAAGUAGAAUAUAUUGUCUCAACUAACACUGUUGUUUUAGCCAACGUCCUGGAAGGCGGGGACCCAACCUUCCCACAGCUCACAGCAUCCCCCCACAGCAUGGACAGCAUGCUGCCCUCUGGAGAAGAUUCCUUUGUUGUAGGUGGCCCAAAGAGGACCCACCCCACUGUUCCAGGGAUUCCAGGGGGAACCCGGGCUGGGGCAGGAAAAAUAGGCCGAAUGAUUGCUGAGGAAAUCAUGGAAAUCCACAGGAUAAGAGGGUCAUCGCCUUCUAGCUGUGGCUCCAGCCCACUGAACAUCACGAGUACGCCUCCUCCUGAUGCCUCUUCUCCAGGAGGCAAGAAGAUUUUAAAUGGAGGGACUCCAGACAUUCCUUCCAGUGGCCUACUAUCAGGCCAGGCUCAGGAGAACCCAGGUUAUCCAUAUUCUGAUAGUUCUUCUAUUCUUGGUGAGAACCCCCACAUAGGUAUAGACAUGAUUGACAACGACCAAGGAUCAAGUAGUCCCAGUAAUGAUGAGGCAGCAAUGGCUGUCAUCAUGAGCCUCUUGGAAGCAGAUGCUGGACUGGGUGGCCCUGUUGACUUUAGUGACUUGCCAUGGCCACUGUAAACCCUACAUGUUGCUUUGGCAACAGCUGUAGUAUCAAAGUGCAUUACUGGUGGAGUUUUACAGUCUGUGAAGCUUACUGGAUAAGGAGAGAAUAGCUUUUAUGUACUGACUUCAUAAAAGCCAUCUCAGAGCCAUUGAUACAAGUCAAUCUUACUAUGUGUAACUUCAGACAAAGUGGAACUAAGCCUGCUCCAGUGUUUCCUCAUCAUUGAUUAUUGGGCUAGCUAUGGAUAGCUUGCAUUAAUUGUAUAUUUUGGAUUCUGUUUGUGUUGAAUUUUUUAAUCAUUGUGCACAGAAGCAUCAUUGGUAGCUUUUAUAUGCAAAUGGUCAUUUCAGAUGUAUGGUGUUUUUACACUACAAAGAAGUCCCCCAUGUGGAUAUUUCUUAUACUAAUUGUAUCAUAAAGCCGUUUAUUCUUCCUUGUAAGAAUCCUUUACUAUAAAUAUGGGUUAAAGUAUAACGUACUAGACAGUUAAAUAUUUUUAAUAAAUGUUUUCCUUGUUCUAUAAA